CCGCCAUAUCAGGAGCUUGACGUUUUUUUCUCGCCAUUGCUGCUUCACCUGGUCAUCUACUUGACGACCUGCCUCCUGCUCCGAUCGCACGAGACUAGACCCGACGUGGAGACGGUGAAAGAAGCAGCCUUCUGUCGUGUCGCCCAUCUUCCUCUCGAGAUCGAUUUGGCCCUUACUUGACGCCCCCAAAGUCGCUCCAUCAACGAAACAACCGGAGAAGCCUUGAAGCCAAUCCAAGACCCCUCUUCGCACGACAUCAUCAAGAUCUCGUCGACCCUGUGUAUCACUCAUCCCCCCCUCGGAACACUCCAACCAAAGGAACACCUUCACAAUGGCUUCCGGCCCUCAAACACAGUCGCUCAAAUGUGUCGUCACAGGAGAUGGUGCUGUCGGCAAGACCUGUCUCUUGAUCUCGUACACGACUAAUGCCUUCCCCGGCGAAUACAUUCCUACUGUCUUCGACAACUACUCCGCAAGUGUCAUGGUCGAUGGCAAGCCUAUCAGUCUUGGUCUCUGGGAUACUGCUGGUCAGGAGGAUUACGACCGUCUUCGUCCUCUCUCGUACCCCCAGACCGACGUCUUCCUCAUCUGCUUCUCCAUCGUCAGCCCUCCUUCUUUUGACAACGUAAAGGCCAAGUGGCACCCCGAGAUUGAGCAUCACGCACCCGGUGUUCCCAUUAUCCUGGUCGGAACCAAGCUCGAUCUUCGCGAUGACGAAGGCACCAAGGAAAGUUUGAGACAGAAGAAGAUGGCACCUAUCCAGUACGAGCAGGCCAUUGCUGUCGCCAAGGAAAUCAAGGCAGUCAAGUACAUGGAGUGCUCUGCUCUUACACAGCGCAACCUCAAGAGCGUCUUCGACGAGGCUAUUAGAGCCGUCCUGAGCCCUCGCCCUACCUCGAAGCCCAAGAAGCAAAAAUGCAUCAUUCUCUGAGGCAGGCAAUAUUCGCAUCGACUUCCCUUACUUCACAACAUUCGCAUUUUCUCGGCAUGAUAGAUCUCUUUAAUCGAUUUGCCUUAAGUCUAGUCUCUGGGCGUCACUGGCGUUGGAUCCUUUGAUAUUGGGGGAGCAACGGCAGUGUUCGGCGCAGAUACCCACUUGACGCAACACACACACAGACUAGCACAGGACACAGACACACAGUCAUGGUUUGCACUCAGGCCCUUACGCUCAGGAAGUCACCUCUGGACGGAACAAUCAGUACC